CAGCAUCACCUUCCCCUCCUCCGCCGAUCCGGUAAGAUCACUGGUGACUUUUUCUCGAGGGGAGAUGGCGGUUUCUUUCUCCAAUGUGAGCUCUGAGGCAGGCCUCAAAAAGCUUGAUGAUUACCUUCUAAGUCGCAGCUACAUCACUGGCUAUCAAGCUUCCAAGGAUGACCUGGCUGUGUACUCUGCAUUCUCAACUGCACCCUCUUCGAGCUAUACCAAUGUUGCAAGGUGGUACACUCACAUUGAUGCACUCCUACGACUGAGUGGAGUUACUGCUGUUGGUCAAGGCGUAAAGGUUGAGUCAUCAGCUGUUCCUGAAGCUGCAACUCCUGAUGUUGUUGAUGCAAAGGCUCCUGCAGCUGAUGAUGACGAUGAUGAUGAUGUUGACCUUUUUGGUGAGGAGACUGAAGAGGAGAAGAAGGCAGCGGAAGAGCGUGCUGCCGCUGUCAAGGCUUCUUCCAAGAAGAAGGAAUCUGGGAAGUCCUCGGUGCUGCUUGAUGUCAAACCAUGGGACGAUGAGACUGACAUGACCAAGUUGGAAGAAGCUGUAAGGAAUGUGAAGAUGGAAGGCCUCCUUUGGGGUGCAUCCAAACUUGUCCCGGUUGGUUACGGUAUCAAGAAAUUGCAAAUCAUGAUGACAAUUGUUGAUGACCUUGUCUCGGUUGACAGUCUCAUUGAGGACUACUUCUACACUGAACCAGCGAAUGAGUACAUCCAGAGCUGCGACAUUGUUGCAUUCAACAAGAUCUAGAUGAUCUUCCUCAGGUGAAUGAUGACGGGUCGGUGCACAGAACAAACCCAGGAGUUUGAAUUACCAUUGCUAUGUCGUCAACUGGUGCUUGAGCAGUUUUGAACCUUAGUUGAAAGUGUAACACUCUACCGCUGAGAUCGUUUACACUUUUAUUAAAUGUUUUUAAAAGACCAAAUCAGUUUGUGUUUAUUUUUCCGUCACCAUUGCUUCA